CAAAUCUUCUAGGGCUUACCCUAGACUUGGCAUAGAUUUGAUUAGAAUAUAUUUCAUUGGAAAGCCCCUCCUCCGUUAACCCCUUUUCACGAAGUCUCGCGAGAUUCUGUGAAGGAGUCAGUAAAGUUGAACAUGGCGUCCAAUCUGUUAAAGAACAAAGGUUCCCUCCAGUUUGAGGACAAAUGGGAUCUUAUGCGCCCCAUUGUUCUAAAACUGUUACGGCAAGAAUCUGUGACAAAGCAGCAAUGGUUCGACUUAUUUUCAGAUGUUCAUGCUGUCUGUCUGUGGGAUGAUAAGGGUCCAGCAAAAAUUCAUCAGGCUCUCAAAGAAGACAUUCUAGAUUUUAUCAAACAAGCUCAAGCUAGAGUGCUGAGUCACCAGGAUGACACUGCUUUGCUGAAAGCUUACAUUGCAGAAUGGCGGAAAUUCUUCACACAGUGUGACAUCUUGCCGAAACCUUUCUGCCAGUUAGAAAUAACUUUAAUGGGCAAACAGGGCAGUAAUAAGAAAUCCAAUGUCGAGGACAGUAUUGUAAGAAAGCUUAUGCUUGACACCUGGAAUGAGUCAAUUUUCUCAAAUAUUAAGAAUCGUCUUCAAGAUAGUGCAAUGAAGUUAGUUCAUGCUGAAAGACUAGGAGAAGCUUUUGACUCUCAGCUGGUCAUUGGAGUCAGAGAAUCAUAUGUCAACCUCUGUUCAAAUCCAGAAGACAAGCUUCAAAUUUAUCGUGAUAAUUUUGAAAAGGCUUAUUUAGAUUCAACUGAAAGAUUCUACAGGACACAGGCUCCAUCUUACUUGCAACAAAAUGGUGUACAAAAUUACAUGAAAUAUGCAGAUGCUAAAUUAAAAGAGGAGGAGAAGAGGGCACUUCGAUACUUAGAAACUAGACGAGAGUGCAACUCCGUUCAGGCUCUGAUGGAGUGCUGUGUGAAUGCCCUGGUGACUUCAUUUAAGGAGACAAUUCUAGCUGAAUGCCCAGGCAUGAUCAAACGUAAUGAGACAGAUAAGCUACACUUGAUGUUUACGUUGAUGGAUAAAGUUCCAAAUGGGAUUGAGCCAAUGUUAAAAGAUUUGGAAGAGCACAUUAUUAGUGCUGGAUUGGCAGAUAUGGUAGCAGCUGCAGAGACUAUCACUACUGAUUCUGAAAAAUAUGUUGAGCAGUUGCUUACAUUAUUUAAUCGAUUUAGUAAGUUGGUAAAAGAAGCAUUUCAAGAUGACCCUCGUUUUCUUACUGCUAGAGAUAAAGCAUAUAAAGCAGUUGUGAAUGAUGCUACCAUUUUUAAACUUGAACUGCCAUUGAAGCAGAAAGGAGUUGGGUUGAAAACUCAGCCUGAAUCAAAGUGUCCAGAGCUACUAGCAAAUUACUGUGACAUGUUACUAAGAAAAACACCACUCAGUAAGAAGCUUACUUCGGAAGAAAUAGAGGCAAAGCUAAAAGAAGUGUUACUUGUACUGAAGUAUGUGCAAAACAAAGAUGUCUUUAUGCGGUACCAUAAAGCUCAUCUGACGAGGCGCUUAAUCCUGGACAUAUCAGCUGACAGUGAGAUAGAAGAAAAUAUGGUGGAAUGGCUUAGGGAAGUAGGCAUGCCUGCUGACUAUGUGAACAAGUUGGCCAGAAUGUUCCAGGACAUUAAAGUGUCUGAGGACCUGAACCAGGUCUUCAAAGAAAUGCACAAAAACAAUAAGUUGGCCUUACCAGCGGAUUCUGUGAAUAUCAAGAUUUUAAAUGCUGGUGCCUGGUCACGAAGUUCCGAGAAAGUAUUUGUUUCUCUGCCAACUGAACUAGAAGACCUCAUCCCCGAGGUGGAAGAAUUCUACAAAAAAAACCACAGUGGUAGAAAGCUGCAUUGGCAUCACCUCAUGUCUAAUGGAAUUAUAACUUUCAAAAAUGAAGUUGGCCAGUAUGAUUUAGAGGUUACCACAUUUCAGCUGGCGGUACUGUUUGCCUGGAACCAAAGACCAAGAGAAAAGAUUAGUUUUGAAAAUCUAAAAUUAGCAACUGAACUCCCAGAUGCAGAACUCAGAAGGACAUUAUGGUCACUUGUAGCUUUUCCAAAACUGAAACGUCAGGUUUUACUCCAUGAACCUCAGGUCAGCUCACCCAAAGAUUUUACAGAAGGCACUCUUUUCUCAGUAAACCAGGACUUUUCUUUAAUCAAGAACAGCAAAGUUCAGAAGAGGGGGAAAAUUAAUUUAAUUGGAAGAUUACAGCUAACUACAGAAAGAAUGAGAGAAGAAGAAAAUGAAGGAAUAGUCCAGCUGAGAAUUUUACGCACACAGGAAGCGAUCAUACAAAUUAUGAAGAUGCGGAAAAAAAUCACAAAUGCUCAACUCCAGACAGAACUUGUAGAAAUACUGAAAAAUAUGUUUUUGCCACAGAAAAAAAUGAUCAAAGAACAAAUUGAAUGGCUGAUAGAGCACAAAUAUAUUAGAAGGGAUGAGUCGGACAUAAACACUUUCAUUUAUAUGGCAUAGUGACUGUGUAAGAGAACAAUGCCAGAGAUUGGAAAGAAUCCUAUUUUGUCUUUGCAGACUUUGAAAGAGGUAGCUGAAGAGUGACUACAAUUCAAAGAUUUAUUCAGUUGCAUUAUUAAGUCCCUGCCUUACUGUACAACAGAUGAAUAAUAUUUACCAAUUUCAUCCACUUAGCAUUUAUCUGCCUUUGUGUAGUUCACUUUCGACAGCAUGCUAUUUUGUGGGAGUACUGAAUUCAUCAGAACCUGCUAUGCUUUCUUUGGCCCUAUUUUCACUUGUUCUGUACCAGAGUUAAAUAUAUUUUUUUUCCAGACACACUUAUACCAGUGAAUAUAGGACUUUAAAAUUUCAUGCACUGGGGAAAAUACUUGAGUCAUUUUAUAUUACAAAAUAGUGUUAAGAGCAGCAGCUUCACUUUUCUGAAAAUACCAGGUGCUGUCAUUUAGUACAGACUGGCCUACUAUGAUUUUUGUAACCUGUUGCACACGUGAAAGUUUGAUAUUACUCUGGCUUUGUUGGCUCAUUGUUGGGCUUGGCUCACAUCUUACUGUUAGAAGGAGUUGCCCAUAUUGAGUAAUUCUAAUACUAUUUUAAUUAACUGGUUGCAGCGUGUAUUCGGAGAUUGUGUUUGCCAUUUGAUCCGGUCACUCAGGCCAGUCAUUAGUUGGAACCCAUUUUUCUCUUUCUGCCAUCCCAAAGGAGCACCUCAAGUUAGAGAAGGUUGCAACAAGCAUGGGGAAGUGUAUGAAGGAUAGAAAAAUUAUUGUUUGGAAGUUCCUUAAAGGCCUACUGAGUGAAAGAAUCAAUCAUCGUUGUACCAGGCUUUACUGACAAUGGAGUACCAGGUUUGUUAUCGUGCUGUGCUACUAGGUUCCCUCCACAAUGGUGUUAAUUGCUAUAAUUGGCCUGCCAUCUUGCAUUUUUCUGAGAGCUAAAAAUUUAGUUCCAAAUAACCACUUGUAUGAAAUUAAAUUUCUUUCAGUUUAAGUGAUAAAAUGUAAAAUUACAGUUUUGCAAAAUUACAAUAGCUCCUUGAACUCAGGACAUGAGGCAGGGCUUCUGUUCUUGACUUUACCCAGCAAUUCCAUCUGGAAAAAGUACUGUGGUUGAUAAGUCAAAUUGCCUGAUACAGUUUUGCAACACAUGAAGAUAACUAUUUGGUUGAAGAAGAGUGCUGCUGCCAGCUUUUGUGGAACUGUAUCCUGCUGAGAAUUGAUGCUUUCAGAAGUAGGAGAGGAAAUUUGAUGGAAAACCUAUAAUCCAUUUUACCUGUCAGAUAUAGUCCUAUCAACUGCUGAUUUUAUUGGAGAUAUCUGUAACCUGUCUGUACCCUAUUUUUUUUUGCUGCCUUUUAGUUCUAGGUGAAAAGUUGGGCAGAAGAGGAAUAGUAACAGAAUGAAAGUGUAUCUGCUUUUACGAUGGAAGCUGUUUGUGCAUACGCUAACGGGUACAUACAACUGUCAUUGGGACUUAGUGUGCUUCUGAAACAACUGAAAACCUAAGAUUGGUUGACUACUUUGAGUAAGUGAUCCAGUGCUUUCCACUAGCUCCUACAAAAUUGAACUCUCCUUUCUCAGAAUGUUGUCUCCUCUAAUUGAAAAUAUUUUGGCAACAACCCUUGCAUGUAUGCAUGCAAUAUUCUAAAACAUUUUCUUUUUAAAUCUUCAAUGCCCCAGUGACAUUUAUCAUUCUUAUUUCACACUGGGGAUUGGUUAGUUCAGUUAGCUGGUUUGCAGUGCAGAGUGAUGACAACAGAAUGGGUUCAAUUUCCCAUACUGCCUGAGGUUACCAUGAAGGUUCUACCUUCCCAGCCUCAGCCCUGGCCUCAGGUGUCGUUUCCUUCAGGUGAAACUUGCCACUAGUUAUUUCUGUAAUGAAAGAGCAGCCCUGUGGCCCUCUGGGACUAUGUCAGCUUUAUUUACUAUCUGAAAAUAUCUUGCCCAACAUUUCUAUAUGUGGCUCCAAACAUACUGAUAUAUUGCAGUUUUAUUCAAUUAACUGGCAAUGUUUACUAUCAUUAUAGAGAUUUUCGUUGGAAUCCCAUGUGGUGCUUGCACUUCAACUUGCCCUUUCUCUUUAGGGUAUGUUUUGACACAUUUAACAUUAUGGGAAAAGGCAAGAUAGACUGUUUUGCAAGGUCCUCUCUGAGGAGCUACAUUAGAUAAAUUUAGUAUGUAAUGCCUAAUGCGCUCCAACUGCGGCUAAUGCUGAUGUCAGAAAUUUGGGUCAGAUGUAAUAGGAAGGGCGGAGACUGCAGUGUUUCAGAGAUUGUCUCUAGUUAAUAUGGCAAUAGGUUGCUUGGAAUUCAUGGUACUGUAUGUUCUGGAAAUUGGGGAAAAUUGUCAAACUCAUUGAGUGAAACUGAAUAAAUAUUUAUUCAAUGUGAGGCUGUUCAUAUUUAAAUCCUGUGCCUUUCAGUUACUUCCCACCCCCUCUAGAAAGAUGGAAGCUCAGAGUGACAUGUUUUGAUUUCAGAUAAAUUUUGAUAAAUUGAAAGACUUGGCCCAAAACACAUUUUAAAUGUCAUUUAGAAUUAAGUUCUGUCAUCCAGUAUCUUAGUGAACUUACCUAGUUAGUUGCAUAGAGAUAUAGACUAUGAAAGAUUCUGUUGCUGGAUAAUGACGAGUUAGCUAACUCAGUCAGGAUAACAGUAGGCUAUAGCUCCCCUAAGAUGAGAAGAAUAUAAAUUUGAAUUCCUGCUCAAGACUGUUACCUGGUUACUCCUGAAAGUAUGCAUUAAUUAGAUGACAUGUAGCAUCUGACCUCAACAUGGUUAAGUUCAGAUAUGAAUGAUAGGCAGUUGAGUCGGACAUUGAAGGGCAACUAACAUAUAUUGAAAUACAGCAGCAAAGAGUCCAUAACUUUAGGAGGGGAGCAAAGUGAAGGGGUAUAAUUAUUCUCUAACUUGAAAUUGCAGCUUGUGCAGGGCACUGAUUGUACAUGUAGCAUGCAUGCGUAAAAGGGCUUUUGGUGAGUUAUUUUCAUUUUCUUCCUGCAAACCUUAACCCCUAAUAUUUGUGGGGUGAUAAAACUUAAACACCUUGCUUUCAGGUUAGAGUUUUUUUAGUAUCUACACAUUCUUUCCCUAAAAUGGGAGUAUUAUUUCAUUUCAAAUGCAUUAUGUGCAUCCAGUAAAUGAGCAUGAGGAUCAUGAAUUUGCAGUUUGAAAUAUGUCCAAUUCCUUGAAUGCACUAAGCAACGAAAGAAAGAAAAUAUGCAUAACUGCAGUGAAGAAGGAGAAAGGGAUAUACAACAUUUUACUAGAUCCAGCAUUUGGUACUGUUGCUAGAUGAGAAUUUGGAAAAAUAUUCAAGUGCCAAUUCACUUGUUCAAUGCCAACCACAUACCAAAUGCAGAGAAAUCAGUGUCUGAAUCUAAUCACAAUGAUCUGGGAAGAGGUCCUGAAUAAUUAUUUUAAAGAAAAAGCAGACUUAAUCUUGAUUAUGUGACCAGAUUAUUGUGAUUUAAUACAGAGUAAGUUACUAUAAACAAAACAAAUUGCAUGCUUUACGAAAACCCCAGAAAUAGCAUGCACUGUGUAUCUGCACACAGUUUCACUUCAUUGAAUAAAGAUAUGUAUCUGGAUCUUGUAACACUGCCUGGUAGAGAAAAUAUGGGAAAUACUAGAAUUAUUACUAUUCAAAUGGAAUAAGAAUCAUCUUUUUAUAUGGAAUUAGUCAACAAUUUAGAAUUGUGAGACUUAAUAAAAAUUGUUUUAUCAAACUGCAAUCUAAUAGUAGUAGAUAUUAAAAUUACGUUUGAAGUCUUCCAUUACUGUGUCCACAGAAUUGUUAAUUUUAAUAUUCUUUUUGAAAGGAUCUGAGAUCUACUCUGACCUUUCUUUUGCUCCCUACAGUCUCAGUGAGUGUAAUUCAACAUACUUUCCCCAAGUAAAGUUCAAGACAGCUUGUAAUUUCUUAAAUACAAGUUACUCAAUAACUAGUUAAAAUAUUCAAAUUCUGUGUUUGGAUUAAUUUAUUUGUACUAUCCUAGUAACUAUCUUUUUAAAAUUUCAAAAAAUACAAUGAAAACUUAUAGCUAAGUUUUUUCAUUAUAUUGAGAAUAAGAUUUCUUUACUCGUUUUUGCAAAUUUAUUGUACACAAAUACUCAAGAAACUUGGAAUUGCACGGAUGAUUUUUCAUGUGGAGCUGUGUGUUGAGGUUAUCAAUAAAUUGUGAACAUUUGUUACCCUAAUUAUACAUAAGCUGUUGCAUUUUUACAUAUCAUUGUAAAAUGUUGAAGACUUGGAAGCUUUCCUGUAAUAUACACUAAGUAAAGCCUGGAGUGUUGCGCAAAGUUGAAUUGAAAGGUUUUACUUUAUCUACAAUUAAUAUUUACAAGUUGAAUGUGUGCCACUACAUACCAAGGUUAUGAUGCUGUACAAUUUUUGAAUGGUUGCAGUUUCUACAUAGCCUGAUCAAACUAUUUUGAUGUACUACAUUAUUUUUUGAAUUUUUAUUUUUUAAGUUGCAUAAUUUAUUUUCCAGCAAAAUAAAAGUGCAAUAUAAAACCUCCAUGUGCGUUUUAUAUAAUCGGUUAUGUAAUUAAGUCAGACACUAUA